AUGGCGAAGAAUCUUAGUGGUACUUUAAGCCGUACUUUAAUGGCGUUUAAUAUGUCGCUGAAUCAGUCGAUUGUAAAAACUGUUGCGAAACAAGAAUUUCGAAAACUGCAAAUUACAUUACCUAUAAUAGCUUUGCUGGCUUCACUAGGUAUCCUAGUUAACGCGAUGAUUUGCUAUGGCAUUUUAAAGAAAAAAACAUUGCAAACACCAACCUUCUAUUUAUUAAUCAAUCUUGGAGUCUCUCAUUCUUUCAUUUUAUUCACUUCUGCAGCUAUAACUGUAACUAAUUGUUUCCUAGCGUUGCAUUUAAUGGGGACUCCUACUCUUGCUGCUUCGUGUAAAUUUUCUUAUUAUGUAAAUGGAAUUGCUUGCAUUUCAUCAAUGGUAACUUUAAUUGCCAUAAGUAUCGAACGUUAUCAUAUGAUCACUCCCGGAUUAUCACAGCGGACCUCCAUGCUAAAUACAUCUCGUAAAUUGAAAACAAUAAUUACUCUAACUUGGGUAGUUGGAAUAUUAAUAGCUUUACCCAUUUUAACUUUAGCGGAUAUUCUAGCUGAAUAUCCAUAUAUGUGCAAUAUUCGAUACAUAAGUUUUAAUUUCAAUAUAGCCUAUUUCACGUCAUUGUUCAUUGCAGCACUUCUAAUUCCAAUCAUCACCGUGAAUGUUAUUUAUAUAAAAAUUAUGAACUUUUUGCGGCAAAAUGAAACCCCAACUGACGGACAACUUCGAAAUUAUAAAAUAUUAAAGAAAAAUUAUUUGCACCAUCUUAAGACUGUGAAAUUGUUAAUUCUAGUGACAGUUACAUUCAUAUUAACAUGUACGCCAUUCUUCAUGGCCAAUCUUAUUAUUGCAUACAAUGCACAAAAUUCAGUCUAUUUUUUCCUUCGAUUGGGCAGGAAAACCGAUUCAAUAUCUUUCCUCGGAAAUGCAUUUCUGAUAUUAUCAUGUAUUCAAAGUCCACUUAUCUUUCUUUAUUCUAGUCAAUCUAUUCGCAGUGCCCUACCAUUCCAAUGUUGUCGCAAAUUUAGGAGAUCGGUGAUGGAUACCAACUCAGAGAACCGAUCGGAUCAGCGAUUGCCUAAAAUACUGACAGUGUCGUCUUUUAAUAAUUUUGUCGUCAGUGCCGGAUCUUAA